GCAAGGAAGAUCUUCUUAACAAACUUCUGGACCGGCUGAGACUAUCGCCAAAUAAGUAAACAAUGGUGACAAUACCUCAUCUAAUCUCCAGAGGAACUCCCCUGAGAAGGAUUGGGAGAAGUGAUUCAAGAAUGUACUGCAAGCUCACGAACAUCUGCAUCGUCGUUUGCUUCUUAUUGUACUUCUCUGACUCUUGUUGUUCAGAACAAAACCAAAUUCAGGAAAAUGCCUCAAGCUUUCCAAAGCAUCCACACAGCACUCUGCAGCAGUUUCAAGAACACACGACAACUAAAGGUUAUGAGAUAGUACUCCCUUACCAGGCAGAUCCUGAUGGAUUAUUCGUGUCGCACAGUCUGCAUCCUGUCAGAAGAAGGCGGAGCUCCGACAACAUUCUAUCCACGCCGGCCGCUGUCCACUACAAAUUCAGCGGCUACGGCCAGGACUUUCAUCUCGAACUCUCCGCUAACGAGGCACUGCUAGCGCCAGGAUUCACGGUCCAGUGGCGCAAAAACGGCAGCGUGAAACCGCAGGAAUAUAUCCCCGAGAUUGACAACUGUCACUACGCGGGGACAUUGAGGUCUCACCCCGAUUCUACUGUCGCCGUCAGUCUGUGUGAUGGUUUGACUGGCCUAGUCCGGACAACAACAGAUGAUUUUCUGAUAGAGCCUCUCUCGGAUCAGCUUGCUGCACAACACAACCUGUCUCUAAAGACAGGCCAGAAGCCGCACAUGUUGUACAAGCGAUCCGUCCAUAAAGAGCCCUCAGAGAGACACGCCUCGGGGAGACACGAAGGAAGGAAUCACACCAAACAGCACUUCUGUGGCUCCAAGAAGAAAUUUCAGCCACAUGUUCCGGAGGAACCAGUCAUUUUUGCAGAUGAGUUCGAUUUACCACGGCAUUCAACCGAAAGUAGACCCAAGCGCGCCAUUGAGGGCAACAUCCACAGAAACCGCUUUGUGGAAACGCUGGUGGUCGUGGACAAGAAGAUGAUUCGCAGCCAUGGAGAAGAGAAGAUCACAUCUUACGUCCUGACAAUACUGAAUAUGGUGACAAGUUUGUACAAGGAUGCUACUUUGGGCAACACCAUCAACAUAGUUCUUGUUAGUUUACUACUGUUACAAGAUGACCAACCUGGGUUAAACAUCGACCAUCACGCCGACCAUUCACUGAAUAGCUUUUGCCAGUGGCAGUCCACGUUAACCACACCGAACGGCAGCCAUCAUGACCACGCGAUCUUGCUGACCGGAAUGGAUAUAUGCUCCUGGAAAAACGAACCCUGCGACACACUAGGAUUUGCUCCAAUUGGCGGCAUGUGUAGUAAAUACCGUAGCUGCACCAUAAAUGAAGACACCGGCUUAGGAUUGGCAUUUACUGUAGCUCAUGAAUCAGGUCACAGUUUUGGAAUGGUCCAUGAUGGAGACGGGAACGAAUGCAAGAAGUCCAGUGGUUACAUCAUGUCGCCCACGUUGUCAGGCAACAACGGUCGCUUUCACUGGUCCCCAUGCAGUCAAGAAUACAUCACCACCUUCCUUGAUUCCAACCGGGCCAGGUGUACAGAGGACGAACCCAAGGCAAUCACCAAAUAUCAGUUCCCCAGGAAGCUCCCGGGAGAACUGUAUGACGCUGAUAAACAGUGUCAGUGGCAGUUUGGGCCCAGGGCACGUCUCUGUUCAUUCAACUUUGGAAAGUCGCUGUGCCAAUCAAUAUGGUGCCAUCGGGACGAGAGAAGAUGUGAAACCAAGUUCCUACCGGCGGCAGACGGCACGUCGUGCGGUAACGGCCAGUGGUGCAUACAGGGAGACUGCGUGAGUCGCAACAAGCAUGGGCCGAGGCCCGUCCACGGCAACUGGUCUGAUUACGGGGACUACUCCAGCUGUUCGAGAUCGUGCGGCGGAGGAGUCCAGCAGAAGGAGAGGCUUUGUAACAAUCCUGAGCCGCAGAAUGGCGGUAGAUACUGCGAGGGUUCCAGUCAUAUUUACAGAAUGUGUAACAUACAGAAAUGUGAACCGGACGCUGUAGACUUCCGGGCCAAGCAGUGUGCAACGUUCAACGGCAGGCCCUUCAGAGGAUCUUACUAUGAAUGGCAACCCUAUGUGCACACUGACAGGAAAGAAGCUUGCAAGUUGUAUUGCAUGGCCGAAGGGUUCGACUUUUAUUUCCCGCUGAGCUCCAAGGUGCAUGAUGGGACACGAUGUAGCCACGACAACCUAGAUACGUGUGUCAAUGGGGUCUGCCAGAAAGUUGGCUGCGAUCAUGUUCUGGGGUCGGAUGCACAACCAGAUGCUUGCGGUGUCUGCCAGGGAAAUAAUGCCACGUGCGAGUUUGUGUCCGGAGUGUACUCGGAACAACACACAGAAAACGACUACUACUUGGUUGUAAAGAUACCAGCCGGUGCCAGGCACAUCAAAGUCAGUGAGCUGUCGACGUCUACCAGCUACCUGGCCUUACGCAACGAGGGAUUCAAGUACUACCUGACGGGAGCCUGGACCGUGGACUGGCCCGGUAACUUUGACAUUGCGGGCACCGUGUUUGAGUACCGGAGACCCUACAACAUGCCGGAGUACCUGCAAGCGGUGGGACCGACGUCUGAAGAUCUUGUGCUUGAGAUAUUACUACAAGGUAUAAACCCAGGCAUCGACUAUCAGUACACUGUGCAGAGGCAGGACACCAAGGCCAUCGCUUCAGUACAUAACUACACGUGGCAAAUAGAAGAGUCUGAAUGCUCAGUGUCAUGCGCUGGAGGUGUCAUGACAUCAGAAGUGUUUUGUCUGAGAAACAAUAACACAGAGGUAGAUAACUCAUUUUGCGAUGACAGCACCAAGCCCAGGACCGGUAUCUUCACUUGCAGUAUGUGGCCCUGCCCAGCGAGGUGGGAGACUUCCGACUGGGGAGAGUGCAGCCGGUCAUGCGGCACCGGCAGGCAAAAACGACGCGUCAAAUGCAUGCGUCAGAUCAGGGAAGGGGUCGACAAAAGCGUCAAGGAACCCUACUGCACGGACACCAAGCCCCGCAAACGCAGGAACUGCAACAUGCAGGACUGUCCGGCGCGGUGGAUACCAAACGGAUGGUCAGAUUGCUCAGCAUCUUGUGACACAGGCUUCAUGACGCGCACUGUGAUGUGUCAGAGUAUGGACAGUAGCGGCCGCUCCAUAACCAAGCCGCAGGCCAUGUGCAGUGGGGAACACCAACCCCCGCUGCGCAGAUCCUGCAACCUUAGAGCCUGCCCACGGGACCUGCAGUGGUAUAUAUCGGCCUGGAGCGAGUGUUCAGUGACGUGUGGUAUGGGACGCCGCUCGCGGCUGGUUCGCUGCAGUUACCUGGACAGACAGGGUCAGUAUCGGGAACAAGACGACGACGAAUGCAGUCACCUAGAGAGACCCCACCUGCAGACGACCAAACCCUGCCACCGGGGAGUGUGUCAGUCUCAGCCUGCGCAGCGAUCGGCUGAAUGGAAGACGACUACAUGGUCAGAGUGUUCAAAGACGUGUGGAGGAGGCGUUAGGACUCGUGAAGUUAAUUGCCUUGCCACCAGGAGACGUACCUCUUCGUUGAACUGCAAACAGAGGAACAAACCCAGCGAAACGCAGACCUGUAACCCAGAGCCGUGUAGUCAAACAGUCUGCGUGGAUAACUACAACUGGUGCUACCUCGUACCGCAGCACGGCAUGUGCGGCCACAACUUCUACGGGCCCAAAUGCUGUUAUUCCUGCAAACCGGACGCCUGAUGACGACGAUGAUAGUAUUACUUCCCCACCCAGCGUCUUUUAUUAACUGACCAGUACCAGUAACAACUGCAACUGAUCUCAAUCAGCAGGAAGGUCCUGAUUAUCGAUAUGCUGCAAGUGUUUGUCAACAAGUGGUACAAAAACUCGGUUUGGCAUUGAUCAUCCCGGGAUGUUUUGCGAUGACUUCCUGUGGAGAUACGUAUCAGAUUGACCCUGCUGCACGCACAUUAUGUGGGCUGUGUUAUUUAUGUGUCGGUAUACAUCACACACCACUGCUUGAGACUUGACUUGUGACACGAUCGCAAGAAAUAUGUGUCAAGUUGCUGAGCUGCUAUUCACUAACAGGCCGUUUUGCACCAAGCAAGUCAUCAGCAUUUGCGUUCACACCCUUACAGGCAAUCAUAGACAUCAAGGAUUUUUUUAUAGUCAUUAUUAUUGUACAGUCCCAGAUCUUUGUUUCUUGGAACUGAAUAGUUCAUCAGUCAGGAGUAUUUGACUGUAAAACGCACAGAAACUCUUGAAAACUGGCCUGUGAAUGAAUAGAUGUUGAAACAGGUCAACGUAACCCCCUCAGUAAAAUAUAAUACUAGGUCUGCUCCUUCACAAAUUUUUAGAUGUCAGAAUGGGUCUUGAAACAGUGCUGUCGGAAAUUCCUUGCAACUGCAAGUGCAGUAAAUUGUACUCGAGUAGAAAGUGAGUACAUGUAUAAAACAUGUACAAGUGGCAGUAGCUGUGUGAACAAGUACUGCACCCCUUUGGGUUGUACAAAUUAUAGUUGAUUUUCCGAGUACUGGUUUAAGGACAGAAAUGAGUACGAAUAAAUGUACGUAUACACUGUCGUUACAUCUUUCUGCAGGACCUGCAUCAACAAAACCAGCGUCAGCAUUAAAUGUGGUGUAAGCACAUGCGAGGUUUCGUGAGGAACAAUUUGUAAAAUCACUGUAUUAUAGAGAUGAAGUUCAUUGCGAGUUGAUAAGGGUUGGAUCUCUCAAGUGUUGAACUACUGCUGUCAAUGCUAUCGGGCUUAGAAGUAGUUAGUUUGGUGAUGCGCACUAGCAGGGUGGUUGGUUGUUUGCCUUUGAAAUUAUUUUAUGAGACAUUACUAGGGCACUGACGUUUCCACUGUUACAUUUUUUGGGUGAGCAAAAGUCGUCAAUUUCUACUUUGACAAGCGUGGAGUAGAACUUCGCUAUAAAAACACUGUGGGGUCCACAAAAGAGAUUGUAGAGUAUAGUGGUCAAUCAUUGUGGAAGUACCCCCUCAACGAUGACAAAUGGAGAGUUGGGGGAGACCACUAGAUGCACUCUUGACAGUGGCGGCGCUAUGGGGCGGGGGGGGGGGGCAUUUUCACCAAUGUUUUUACCUUUAUGACAGCUACGCUUGGUAUUUUUGUCCAAUAACCCACAUUUUCUGGAUGUUUGUCAGUGUGUGCCACCAAGACUGAGAUAUUAAUCCCCCGCUAAGCUUGGUAGUUGGUAGUCACUAAUUAAGCAGUUCCUUGACGAUUCUAAAAAUACACACCUAGAAAUAAAAAAAAAACACGUCUUAGUCAACUUGUGUUUCUAUACGGUGCAAACGUCAGUGCUCUAGCAAUGCUGUAUACAUAGAUCAAUCCCAGCAGCCAUCACUGUACAUUCAGCGAGGCCCCCUCUAAUGGCGGACGCAUUGUACCAGCUAUACAGUGUGCAAGUUGACCUAAAAAACCUGCAAAGAUUUUACAGGAAUACAGUACAUGGGCACCGUGUAUACUGAAAUCUGCAAUGUGUGUAACAUUUGUUUUGUGUCCUGAUUAGGCUUGU